AUGACCAUUCCACCACCUCUGCGGGGUAAUUUGGAAGAGAUAGAAGUAUUCAACGCUCCAAUUGAAGAUCUUAGGCUACAUUUGUGGCAAGUGCGGGUAGUGUUGGAAACCACAAACCUAGAUGCAAGCAUUAUAAUAAACUGCAUUUUGAUUAAUCUUCGUUCUGGUUAUUAUCAGUUACAGGUGAAAGAGUUAGAUGUGCCAAAAACAGCUUUCAGAACCAGAUUUGUUGUGGUGUUUAUUAAUGAUAUUCUGGUAUUCUCCCGAGAUGAAAAUGAACAUGCUGAUAAUUUGAGAAUUGUUCUGCAAACUCUGCGUGAGAAACAAUUAUUGAAAGCCUUGUUGACUGAAGCACUAGUCCUAGUUCAGCCUGAAUCGGGUAAGGAAUUUUUUAUUUACAGUGAUGUGUCAAUGAACAAUUUAGGCUGUGUUCUGAUGCAAGAAGGAAAAGCAACUGUGGUGGUGGAUACUUUGAGUAGAAAGUCUCUGUUUGUUUUACGAGCAAUGAAUACCCGAUUGUCAUUGUCUGAUGAUGGCUCCGUCUUAUUUGAGUUAAAGGCUAAAUCGACGUUUCUGCAAAAAAUCUGCGAAGCUCAGAAAUGUGAUAAUGAGUUGCAAGCUAAGCGGGUACCUUCAGGACUUACAGCGAGUGAUGAUACCGGAAUGGAAAUGGGAAAGAGUUACUAUGGACUUUGUAUCAAGACAGAGAUCCACGGUUCACAUCCUGAUUCUGGAACAAGUUACAAGAAGCUUUGGUCAAGCAUAAAUAUGGCACCGUAUGAAGCUCUGUAUGGUCGUAAAUGUGGAACUCUAUUGUAUUGGACUGAGCUCAGUGAGAAAAAGAUACAUGGAGUUGAUCUAGUUCGUGAAACCGAAGAAAAAGUGAAAGUAAUCCCAAAUAGUUUAAAAGCAGCUUCUGAUCAUCAGAAAUCCUAUGCGGAUCUAAAAUGA